GGGGAUCAUCCCCAGACUCUGCUCCACAAGCAUAAACGAACACAACAACAACAAACAAACAAACAGACGGAGCACUUCAACUGUGGAGGCGGGCCAGCCUGACGCACGGAGACGGACAGACAGACAGACAGUCUGAUGCCAACUGUCUUCACUGUCAAUCUCACGGCACCACUCCUCCUCCUGUUGCUAUGGGCAACCCACCCCACCAUGGCAACCAACUGGCUCUCCCUGGCGAGGCUGCCUCGCUCGAGGCCCGUGUCAGGUGCUUCUCCAUGUGCACGCCUACGGGGCCUAACCCCGGGGCAGGUGGGUGUGUGCAGGGCGCGAGGGGAGGUCAUGGAGUCCGUACGAAAGGCAGCAGAGAUGGUCAUAGAAGAGUGCCAACACCAGUUCAGGAACCGCCGCUGGAAUUGUUCCACCACCCCACGUGGGAUCAACGUAUUCGGCAGAGUCAUGAACCAAGGUACUCGUGAGGCGGCCUUCGUGCAUGCUUUGUCUUCAGCAGCCGUGGCGGUGGCUGUGACCCGAGCCUGCACCCGUGGGGAGCUGGAGAGGUGUGGCUGUGACAGGAAGGUCAGGGGGGUCAGCCCUGAGGGUUUCCAGUGGUCAGGGUGCAGUGACAACUUGUCCUACGGUGUGGCUUUCUCUCAAACAUUUGUGGAUGAACCAGAGCGGGCCAAGGGGCUUUCAGCAGGGCGACCACUCAUGAACCUCCACAACAAUGAGGCUGGACGAAAGGCCAUCCUUCACAACAUGCAGGUGGAGUGUAAGUGUCAUGGCGUCUCUGGCUCCUGUGAGCUAAGGACCUGCUGGAAAGUGAUGCCUCCAUUCAGGCGUGUCGGCGUUGUGCUCAAGGAACGCUUUGAUGGAGCCACAGAGGUUCGCCUGACUCGUAUCGGAUCCAGGACAGCCCUGCUUCCCCGUGACCCCCAGGUCAAACCCCCUGCUGCAAGAGACCUUUUGUACCUUGCACCCUCCCCAGACUUCUGCCAUCUCGACCCUGACAAUGGUAUCCCUGGAACUGCUGGAAGAAGAUGUAAUGGAACCUCUCGGCUAGCACCAGACGGCUGUGAGCUGGUGUGCUGCGGGCCCGGGUACAGAGCAGGCCGGGCUGAGGUGGUACAGCGAUGCUCCUGCAAGUUUUCCUGGUGCUGUUCAGUCCGCUGCCAGCAGUGCAAGAACACAGUCACCAUUCACACAUGCAGAGUGUAGGAGGAACCAUGAAUGCCCCGACCAGAAGAAAGACCUGAAUAAACUACUAGACUGACACUUGUAAACACCAGACAGGACAACAGUUUUGAACUUAAAACAUUUGCUCACUUCACAUUAAAUUCUGGUCCAAAUGCAGUCUUACAUUUUUUACUGAAGCUCCAAGGCUCUGGUUUGAUGGAUCUGUUGGAAAAGCUAUUAAGUUAGUAAAAAAAAGGGCAAUGAAAAAGCUUCAGAAGUAAAGCAAAAACAUAAAUGGACAGGCAAGCAUGAACACAAAUAUACACAAUGACAGUCAACAGUUAAUCUCAAAUUGAACUGACAAAGCCUCUAAGGCUGAACUUAACCAAAACUAACAGGGACAUAUUACAGCACUAUCUAUUUUAUGCAAACUAUUCCUGUUGUGUCAUAGACUAGCUGGUCAUUGAACAUGUUCUGUAUUUAUGUUUGCUUCUCGAUUCUGGUUUAUUUAUUUAAACAUCUGAGUUUCUGCCUUACUUCAGCAUCCAGCAACUUCUUAAAUAGCAAAA